GGAGGGAACUGGAGCAGGAAGGAAGACGGGCAGGGAAGCCAGGCGCUGAAUGCUAACAAGCUCCUCUGUAACCAUUAAUGCUCCAUAGGCUCGGCUUUCACCAAACAUAUGGGAUUAAAAAGGACCCCACGAGCGCUAAUUGAGUCCUAAUAUGCGGCAGUGCCGCGUUCGCCCCGCGCGCGUGCAGCAGUCUCGCGAACGUCGGCACCUUUGAUCCGUAAAAAAAAAAAAAAAACGUCCUUUUUUUUCUUUCUUUUUUUUUCUCCCGCUGAGUGAAAUGUAUGGAGAUUGCUCGAGCCUGACGUUCUGACAAUGGAGAUUGAAAACAUCGUGGCCAACACGGUUCUCCUGAAGGCGAGAGAAGGUGGAGGAGGCAAGAGGAAUGGUCGCAGCAAGAAAUGGAAGGAGAUGCUUAAACUCCCACACAUCAGCCAAUGCGAGGAACUUCGCCGCAUUAUCGACAGAGACUUCACCAGUCUAUGUGAGAAGCAGCCCAUCGGUCGGCUGUUGUUCCGUCAGUACUGUGACACCAGGCCGGAGCUGAAGCGAUGCAUUGACUUCAUGGAUGCUGUGGUAAGAGCCAUGUACCAGUUGGCUCCUGAUGAGAAGAGGAGGGACUGUGGACUGAAUGUAUUAGACACAUACUUUAAUAAUGGGUCGGCGGCCCACCUGCCAGACAUUCCCCAGGACGUCAUCGCCCGGUGCCGAGAGAGCCUGGAGCAGACUCCCUGUAAGGAGCUCUUCAACGACUGCACCAAAAUAGUUCGUGAUUAUCUGAGUGGAGCUCCAUUUUCUUCCUACCAGGAGUCCAUGUACUUUUCUCGCUUCCUGCAGUGGAAAUGGUUGGAAAGACAACCUGUAACCAAAAAUACCUUCAGACAUUAUAGAGUAUUAGGAAAAGGUGGAUUUGGCGAGGUUUGUGCCUGCCAAGUACGUGCCACCGGUAAGAUGUACGCCUGUAAAAAGCUGGAAAAGAAACGUGUGAAGAAAAGAAAAGGUGAAGCAAUGGCACUAAACGAAAAACGCAUUUUAGAAAAAGUUAACAGUAGUUUUGUAGUUAGUCUAGCUUACGCCUAUGAGACAAAGGAUGCGCUGUGCCUGGUCUUAACCUUAAUGAAUGGUGGUGACUUGAAAUUCCACAUUUAUAACAUGGGAAAUUCUGGCUUUGACGAGCAAAGAGCCAUUUUCUACGCUGCUGAGAUCUGCUGUGGCCUUGAGGAUCUGCACCGUGAGAGGAUAGUCUACAGAGAUUUGAAGCCAGAAAACAUCCUUCUGGAUGAUCGUGGGCACAUUCGGAUCUCCGAUUUGGGCCUUGCUGUUCAAAUCCCUGAGGGGGAGACGAUACGAGGGAGAGUGGGCACAGUUGGAUACAUGGCUCCUGAGGUGAUCCAGAACGAGAGCUACAACUUCAGCCCAGACUGGUGGGGACUGGGCUGUCUGAUUUUUGAGAUGAUCCAGGGCCAGUCGCCCUUCCGGAGACGCAAGGAGCGGGUCAAGCGGGAGGAGGUGGACAGACGAGUGCGCGAGGACCAGGAGGAGUACUCGGAUAAGUUCUCGGAGCAGGCGAAGGACAUCUGCAGGCAGCUCCUGGUCAAGGACCCCAAGGAGCGGCUGGGUUGUCGGGGUUGCGGGGCCACGGAGGUCAAGCAGCACCCCAUCUUCAGAAGCAUAAACUUCAAACGGCUGGAGGCCAACAUGCUGGACCCUCCCUUCAUACCAGAUCCUCGAGCCGUCUACUGUAAAGACGUUCUGGACAUCGAGCAGUUCUCUACUGUCAAAGGAGUGAACCUUGACCCUACCGAUGAUGACUUCUACUCUAAGUUUGUCACAGGCAGUGUCUCCAUCCCGUGGCAGAACGAGAUGAUUGAGAUGGAGUGCUUCAAAGAAAUCAACAUCUAUGAGACCGAUGGGAUGCUGUGCUCAGACCUGGACGUGAAUCGGCCCAACCCUCCUCCGAAGCGGGGGUUCUUCUACCGCCUGUUCAGAAGAGAGGUCUGUCUAAAGAGCGGUUACAGUGACGAAGAGACUGAAGAGCCCUCACGACUUUAAACCACUCCGUCCCCUUCGCCCACGCCCCUCUGCCGCAGAGCUUCACCACAACCUCCAACCGAGCGCGAGAAUCUUAGGAACUCAGUGAAUGUCAACCUGUAUUUAUGAGCUGUAUUAAAAGUGUAUUAUAGCUAAAGAAAAAAAAAAGUAUGACUUUAAAGAUUUUGUACAUUUGUACUUGAAUUUAUGUCUAGAUGUAUAUUUUCACUAAAGGUUGUAUUGUACAAAAAGCCAUAAAAGUACCACUUGAAUGCAUACAUUGCCUUUUUAUUUUCUUUUGAUUUUAUGGAUAAUGUUCAUUAGGUGUGUAUUGUUUUUUUUUUUCUUUUCUGAAGAACAGAACCAUUAGUCUUUUUAUUUUUCACAAUGUAGCAUAAGGCCUUUUUUAAUGUACUGUGCUGUAUGUUUGCCAUUAACUUGGAUUUUUUUUUUUUUGCGCAUUAGCUCCACUUUUUUUUACUAAGCUAACUCUUAGCCGCUAUAAAUUGAUCUCAAUCUAAACCCAAGAAUUAGAGUUGGAACUGAAUCUAGUUUUGUUUUUAUUUUUUCACCAUUAAAGCCCCGAUGCUUGAUCUGUUUUGCAAAGAGCCGUGGGUCAUUUGAAAACAUGGGAACUAGAUGGACGUGUGCAGCACCGUGCCCGGGUGUCUCAGACACAGCUUGUAUUUACUGUAUGUGUUUAUGUCUGGAAAUCUGCGCAUCAGUGAAACGCAGAGCAAACGCCUAAUUCCACAAACUCUUAAAAAUCAUAGUUUUUGUGAUGCACAUGCCUUUUUAACAGGAAUACACCUGCUAGUUACAUAUCUGUUACUUUGUUUUUU